ACUAAAAUAAAUAGAUCUUCAUCUAGAUCUAAAUGUUCUAAAAUCUAGAUCUACAGUCGAGACUAGUCACACUAGUGUCACUAGUGACUAGAGUAGAGUCUAGUAGAGACUACUAUUAUAGUAUUAAGUCAGAGUACAGUUUGAUUUAAAUGUUCUCAUCUGAUGAAGACAAUGAGUUUGAGCUAGAGGCAGAGGAACUAAUGAUGUCUAAUUUUUCAGAGGGCUCGAAGUUAGUUGGUGGAUCUCCAACUAUUAAACCUACUGUUUCACACAGUGUCAAUUCCAAACGCAUUGCAUCAGUGUCAUUUGAGGAAAACACAGAUUCUGAGAACGAAAAUACAGUUUAUACUUAUCCAUUGAAACCAAAAAUGAAAAAUACAUAUCAUGUCCCAAUUACAGUAACAUCAACUGUGUAUGUUUGGUUGCUAACUUUUUUUGCUGCCAUUGGUGGUUUCUUGUUCGGAUAUGACACAGGAGUUAUAUCUGGAGCCAUGCUAUUGCUUAGAGAUAAAUUUAGUCUAUCAUCAUUCUGGCAGGAAUUGAUUGUAAGUGUGACAAUAGCUGCUGCUGUGGUGUCAGCGCUGGCCGGUGGCUUUCUUAAUGACUGCUUUGGCAGGAAGGUGGUCACCAUCUUAGCAAGUUUUGUUUUCACAGCUGGAGCUGUUGUGUUGGCGUGUUCAUCCAAUGUUGCUAUGCUUGUGGUUGGCAGACUUAUUUUAGGACUUGGUAUAGGAUUCGCUUCAAUGACCAUACCUGUUUACAUCGCAGAGUGUGCACCAGCACAUCUUCGUGGUCGUCUAGUCACAGUGAAUACAUUGUUUAUAACUGGUGGUCAGUUCAUAGCGAGUGUAUUGGAUGGUGGAUUUAGUUACAUCAAACCUGAUGGCUGGAGGUACAUGCUAGGUCUAGCGGGUGUACCAUCACUGAUCCAGUUUUGUGGAUUCUUCUUUUUGCCAGAAAGUCCUCGCUGGCUAAUGAGAAAAGGCAGAGAAUCUGAAGCUCAUACGAUACUUCAGAGGCUGAGGGGAACUUCAAACGUUGAUGAUGAAUUGAAAGAAAUUAAAAAUACUCUUCAACUUGAGUCACUGAAUGGAGAUGGAAAUACAAUGUUGCGUAUAUUGCGCACCCCUGCAGUAAGGAGAGCCCUGAUAGUUGGAUGUGGGCUUCAGUUGUUUCAACAGCUCACAGGAAUAAACACUGUUAUGUAUUACAGUGCAACUAUCAUUAAAAUGUCUGGUGUGAGUGAUCAGCAGACAGCCAUUUGGUUAGCAGCAGUCACAGCAGGAAUCAAUUUUAUUUUUACCAUUGUAGGAGUCUGGUUGGUAGAGAGAAUAGGGAGGAAGAAACUUGUGAUGGGCAGUUUGAUAGGUGUAACAGGAAGUUUGAUACUUUUGGCAGUAACAUUCCAGUUAGUAGCAUUGAUGUCCCCUUCUAAUGUAUCUUAUCAUUCCAACACAACUUGUUCAAGUUAUAGAUCAUGUGAUUCAUGUGUAGAUAACUCUCAGUGUGGCUAUUGCUACACAGGAAGUGGUUCCUCUGUAAAUGGAUCCUGUCUGGCUACUAGUUCUAUAGAUACUGGUCACUCAGAUUAUGGGCCUUGUGAAAAUGCAACAUCACUGGUUGGGCAUACAUGGGCCUCUGACUAUUGCCCCACAUCAUAUUCAUGGAUGGCCAUCUUGGGGCUUAUAUUGUAUCUUAUGUUUUUUGCACCAGGUAUGGGUCCAAUGCCUUGGACAAUCAACUCUGAGAUUUAUCCCAUUUGGGCCAGGUCUACAGGUAACUCUCUGUCUGCAGCAACCAAUUGGAUAGCUAACCUUUUGGUAUCCAUGACCUUUCUCACUCUGACAGAGACACUAACUAAAUAUGGAACCUACUGGCUGUUUGUGGGUAUAGCCAUUCUAGGCCUUAUGUUCUUUGGCAUUUGUCUUCCUGAGACUAAAGGGAGAAAACUGGAAGAUAUUGAAGAUCUGUUUUCACAACCUUGGAGUCUGCACUGGAGAUCAUCUCGGAGCCGUUACACUUCCUUAAAAUCUAGUUCAUCUUCAAGUUAAC